UUUUUUUUGCUUAUCAUGUAUUGCGUUUUAAGAACAAUGGAUAACGAAUUCAUCCUAUGUAAAUAAGCCGGAAAUUAUAAAUGAAAUGAUAUCAGUGUCACAAAUACUAUCUCUUCUGUUUAUUCAUCUUUCUUGUAUUUCAUGAAGAAGUUAUCUUUAUUAGGACAGCAGUCUUCAUCAACUAGCCUCAAGUCAUAUCAAGCCAUACCAAAGAACUCGUUUACCGAAGAAGAAAAGUCAUUUGUUUUAGUCACUACACUAGAAGAAGAAGAUUUAGAAUGGACUGAACAAGAAGAAAAACAAGUUUUGAAUAUAUUAGAUAAGCAUUUGAUGAUCUUUAUUUUGUUAAUGACAUUUGUAUUAAACAUGGAUCGAACAAACAUCUCAAAUGCUAUAUCAGAUAAUCUAGCCCAAGACCUUGGAUUCACAAACGAUGGCGUGAACACUGGAAUAUCUGUUUAUCAUUUUGUGUUCACCUUGUUUACUCUUCCUUCCAAUACAAUCUCGAAAAUGGUUGGGCCUCACCUUUGGAUACCCAUUUUGAUGUCGUCUUGGGCUGUUGUGACAUGGGCACAUGCACUAAUACAUGAUUUCAAUGGGUUUAUUAUCGUGAGAAUAAUGAUUGCGAUCACAGAAGCCGGAUUCAUACCAGCCUGUUUAAGCUACUUGUCACAGUGGUACAAAACACAAGAAUUAGCCACUCGACUGGCGUUGUUUUGGGCUUCUCAAGCAUUGGCAUCUUCUGUUUCGGGAUUAAUCUCAUUUGGUGUUUUUAGAAUGCGAGGUAUUUAUGGAUUGGAGGGAUGGAAAUGGCUUUUUAUAAUUGAUGGUAUUGCAACACAUAUUGUUGGAAUCAUUGCCUUUUUCUAUCUACCUUCAUCCGCAAGCCAUACCAAAGGUGGAUUGAGGGGUCGAGAAGGCUGGUUGACAAAGAGGCAAAUAAGAAUAGCAAUCCAGAGAAUCAUUAAAGACGACGCCACCAAAAAAGAACAUCAUAAGCCCAUCACUCGCAAAGAUGCUUAUGAUGCUUUCAUCGAUUUUAACCUUUGGGUUCAUUUGUCCAUCACGUUCUUAGGCAUGAUGUCAAACACACCUAUCCAAAGCUAUUUGCCUAGCAUAAUUAAAGACGCUGGGUUUUCAACGACAACAGCAAACUUGCUCACAGCACCAUCACAUAUCAUAGGUCUUGUUUUUUCAGUCAUCAUUGCACAUAUGUCUGACAAGCAUGGCAACGUUUCACUUUAUGCCCUGAUAGGAAGCUCGUGGGCGUUAAUAGGGUUUACUCUGUUGGAGUUUUUACCUGAUACAACAGGAAGAUGGGAACUCUAUUUUGCAGCUCUUUUCACGGCUUCAUCACCUUCAUGGCAUGGUAUGCAGAUAGCUUGGAUGUCAGCAAACUUAGCUCCAAUUGGAAAGAGAACAUUGGCUUUGGCAGCGGUCAUAGGAGCAGCCAAUAUCAAUGGCGUGCCAGGAUCGCAGAUUUAUCAGACAAGUGAUGCACCUAGAUUUAGAAGAGGCAACAAGAUCAAUAUAUUUCUGAAUAUUACAACAAUUCUACUAUUUAUGUUUCAAAGAGGAAGAUACAAGCUAACAAACAAAUGGCGAAAUAUUAUGUGGAACAACAUGACAGCUUCUGAGCAAAAAGAAUACAUAGAAGAAAACAAAAGUAUCGGAAAUUAUGGACUUGAUUUUCAAUACAGACUUUAAGUAGCAAUGCAUUGUAUUUUGUAUAUGUAUAGAAAAUUAAGUGUUUAUUUGUUAUGUAUAUUGAAAAAAUUCAGAGGCUGGAAUAAUUCUUUGUCUUCGAUUAUAAUAAGCAUG